GUCCUACCGGAUAAAGUUCAGCCGGGUGUUACCUGAUCCGUCGCCGUCAUGGGUCGCGUGUCGGCGGGUAAUAGACACCGAGCCUCCCCGGGGUCGUUCUGUCGUCCAGCUGUACCGCACCAAGACGCCGCCUGCCUCGUCUCCCUUCUUAAAUUGUCGAGUCACUCAGCGUACCCACUCAAACUUGUCAGCCGGCGACAUGCUGUCCUUCGCCGGUCUCGCGGCCACCGUGGCGGCAGCUAGCGUUUACCUCUACGUGCUCUCCACUCACCUCCCGCCGGCGGCUGAAUACCUGCAGCCGGCCUCGCCUGGGGAGCCAGAGCCUGAGCCCCAUUAUUACAAACUUAAGUUCCCAUCGGAUCUCGAUGAACUUCGGGAGCUUGCCGAAAUGCUCAAGUUCUACAAACAGGAGCACCAUGGCUACGUUCUGCUGCUUUUUUGCAGCGCUUACCUCUACAAGCAGUCCUUUGCCAUUCCUGGUUCCUCCUUCCUGAACAUGUUAGCCGGCGCCAUUUUCGGACCUUGGGAGGGCCUGGUUCUUGCGUGCCUUCUGACCACCACCGGCUCCACAUUCUGCUACCUGCUGUCGUCCGCCUUUGGGAAGCAGCACGUGGUCCGCAUCUUCCCGGACAAAGUGGCGCUACUACAAAGCAAGGUAGAAGAAAACCGUAGCAGCUUAUUCUUUUUCCUCCUUUUCCUGCGCUUCUUUCCCAUGACCCCUAACUGGUUCCUUAACAUCACCUGUCCUGUCCUCAACAUCCCCAUGCCCAUCUUCUUCUUCUCAGUCUUCAUCGGUUUGAUACCUUACAACUUCAUCUGCGUGCGCACGGGCGCCAUCCUUUCCGAGAUCCACUCACUGGAUGACAUCUUCUCAUGGGCCACACUGGCCCAGCUGCUGGCUAUCGCGCUUGUGGCGCUGGUGCCGGGCGCGCUCAUCAAGCGUUACGGUCAAACUCACCUCAAGGUGGAGGGAAUGGACGCCACGCAGGACACCGAUUGGAAGAGGCGAUGACCAAAGUAAGACGAGGACUUUUAAAACUGUAGGUCGCAAGCCUUGACGUCUCUGUGAACAGAAAGCGGUGCCAUUGACAGCAAAUUAUUAUUUUAAUUACAUCUGUUUGCUUGCUCAACAAACAUUUUUUAUUUUACGUUGUUUUUUUUACGUCCUGUGAAGCACUUAAAUGUCUUAAUACUAAGAUAUUUUUUGAGUAACACAUUUGUGUGUCUCUGAGGAUGAGAUUUUCAACUUUUCUUCUUUGACCAAAUUUUGUAAACAUGUCGAACAAAUGGUACUGUCUUGUCCUUUUUUUUUUUUUUUUUUUUAAAUUUCUGUCAAGAAAAAUGCACAAUAAACAGCACUUUUUGAAACCUUUUUAAUUUUUUGGUACACUUUGUACACACGUCAUGCACACGUGCACUCUUUUCACAUGGGUGGAGAUUACAUGUGCAAUUAGUAAACAUAAUGUAAAGAUGCACAAUGAUAUUUGUUUACAGAGAUAAAUAUGGUCGUGAGGAUAUGUGCCAUUUUUUAAAACACUGACUUGGAUUAAAAUCCCAAAAUAAAUAAAGACAUUUCAAUCAUCUUUUUUGUCACAGUUCAUGAAAGUAAUUAGCAGCAACUCAACAGGAGGAAGUCGGAUGCACACUAGUUCCAGUAAUACAGUGCUUUCAACAAAAUUUGGAACAAGAGCAGAAACUGAA